AGUAAUAACGACACAAUGUUUAUUGUCGAACUUUACUACUCUUUAUAAAGUGUUUUUAUAAAAAAAUAUAUAUUGCACGAGUGAUAUAUCCAAAAUUCAGGCAUCGUUGGUUUUAUAGACGAAUUAAUGAAUUUUUAACAAAUUAUUUUGUAUAUUAAAAAUAAUAAGUAAUACUAACGUAACGCUGUCAUUAAUAUUUAAAUGUGGAAAGUAAUUUAGUUUGAAGCGAACUAUCGCAGCGGCAAACGUUCGAUAAUUUCGUUACGAAUAUUUAAAUUAUUAUGCAUAUUUAAUCAAAAUAAUAUGGCUAAGAUACUGACAAAAGUGAUUUUACCUAAUAAGGGCCAAUAUACUAAACCUUUAUUUCUAUUUUUAGGAAAGUCUCUACGAAAUGGAUUACAUUCAGAUGUAGCUGUAAAAGAAAUCAAAAUACCGAUACCCGGGGGCUAUAUAGCAGGUAAACUGUGGGGUAACGAUCAGCAACAACCAAUUCUUGCUUUACAUGGAUGGCAGGAUAACUGCGGGGUAUGGGACCCUUUAGCGGCUAUGCUCUGUGAUAAAAAGCCUCUACUGGCAAUCGAUCUACCAGGCCACGGUCUUUCAUCAUGGCAACCACCAGGUGCCUACCAAGACACCUGGGACGUUGUACAAUAUAUUAUAGAGUUAAAGAAUUAUUUCAAAUGGGACAAGUUGUCUAUGCUGGGUCACUCAUUAGGAUCGGUUGGAGGUCUGCGAUAUGCUGGUUUGUACCCUAAAAACGUCGAAUUUUUUAUAGCCGUUGAAAAUCUUGUAUAUGAAGAUCUUGAUACUGACUUCGUUCUGAAAUAUCUUCCUAAGGAGUUAGAGAAAUAUCAAAUGUGUCAACAUCUUCACAACAAAGACCCACCGGAAGGUACGAUGGAGGAUCUAACUUAUAAAUUAUAUACUGCGAUGAAUAAAUCUGUAGAUAAGCAAAAUAUGCACUAUUUAACACAACGAGCCAUAAGGCCUUCAAACAGGGAUCCAACCAAAUUUUGUUAUACAAGAGAUAUUCGUUUAAAAUGUAUGUCCAUGAAGCCGUCAAAAAAAGAGUUCCUAGAAAGGUUAUUUAGCCGUGUCUCGUGUCCGUUGUUGUAUAUUAAGGCAGCUAACUCGUCUUAUAAAUUAUCUGACGAACACUGUUUAAGGGUGAGAGAAAUACUAGAAAAAAAUAACCCGAAUUAUGAAAGCCACACCGUUGAGGGUAGCCAUCAUGUCCAUGUAAAUAACCCAGAGAGACUGGCGCCGAUAAUCAUAGAUUUCUUCAGAAAACAUAAGAUUCACUAAAUAUAUGGAAUGAAUAUAUUUUAGACUAUUAACUUGAUGUUAGGAAAUUAAAUUAUUUACAGCGAAAUGAUAAAAAUUUACUACGUUUGCACGAAAUAUCGUUAAAAUGUAUAUUAUAUCGCAAUAUAUUUAUUUAAUAGAAAACGUGGGAUUUUAAUUAUGAAAAUUUUAUUAUGGGUGUGAUUUUAAUGGAUUUUAAUUAUGAAACUUUUGUUUUUCGUAUAAGUUUAUCUGAUGUCCAGUAUAUAAUUGUUCUUAUAACAAAUUCACGAUUUUUUUUGUUAAAUAACACGAAAUACAACUAUGCAUGCAAA